AUGGCUGGUACUUUCUUGUUUACUUCUGAAUCCGUCGGUGAAGGUCACCCAGAUAAGAUCUGUGACCAAGUCUCCGAUGCCAUCCUGGAUGCCUGUCUUGCUGUCGACCCACACUCCAAGGUCGCCUGUGAGACCGCUGCCAAGACCGGUAUGAUCAUGGUCUUCGGUGAGAUCACCACCAAGGCUGUGCUGGACUACCAGAAGAUCGUCAGAGACACCAUCAAGAAGAUCGGUUACGACGCUUCCGACAAGGGUUUCGACUACAAGACCUGUAACGUCUUGGUCGCCAUCGAGCAGCAGUCCCCAGACAUUGCCCAAGGUGUGCACGAGGAGAAGGACUUGGAGAACAUCGGUGCCGGUGACCAAGGUAUCAUGUUCGGUUACGCUACUGACGAGACCCCAGAAGGUCUGCCAUUGACCAUCCUGUUGGCCCACAAGCUGAACAUGGCCAUGGCCGACGCCAGACGUGACGGCUCCUUGGCCUGGUUGAGACCAGACACCAAGACCCAAGUCACCGUCGAGUACAAGGACGAGAGCGGUAGAUGGGUCCCACAGAGAAUCGACACCGUCGUCGUCUCCGCCCAACACGCCGACGAAAUCUCCACCGAGGACUUGAGAUCUAAGAUCAAGACCGAAAUCAUCGACAAAGUCAUCCCAGCAGACAUGCUAGAUGAGAACACCAAGUACUACAUCCAACCUUCCGGUAGAUUCGUCAUCGGUGGCCCUCAAGGUGACGCCGGUUUGACCGGUAGAAAGAUCAUCGUCGACGCCUACGGUGGUGCUUCCUCCGUCGGUGGUGGUGCUUUCUCCGGUAAGGACUACUCCAAGGUCGACCGUUCUGCCGCUUACGCCGCCAGAUGGGUCGCUAAGUCCCUAGUCGCCGCUGGCCUAUGUAAGAGAGUUCAAGUCCAAUUCUCUUACGCCAUCGGUAUCGCCGAACCAUUGUCUCUACACGUCGAGACUUACGGUACCGCUACCAGACCAGAUGACGAAAUCAUUGAAAUCAUCAAGAAGAACUUCGACCUAAGACCAGGUAUCUUGGUCAAGGAAUUGGACUUGGCUAGACCAAUCUACUUGCCAACCGCUUCCUACGGUCACUUCACCAACCAAGAAUACCCAUGGGAACAACCAAAGAAGUUGGUCAUCUAA